UUCAGUCCCUGCUGAUGUAAACAAAACAAAACGACAACUCAAUAAACAACUUGUGUAAUAAUUUGGAUAUUUUAAUUUAAUUACAAUUAACUUAAUUUAUCACUGUUGCUAAUUACUCAAAAAUAAGUCGGAUCAUGAGUUUGUAUCGAAGUUUAAAACGGCAACGUAGAGACGCGCCACUUUCGACGGAGGGGAUAAAUAACCAAAUGUGGAGACAACAGAGGAGGAACGAGUUUUUAGAAGACGACGACGAAACGUCGGUGAACGCUUUAACGCAUCCAGUGAUUUUGAAUAAAAUCUUUGGCUUCUUGGACACCGAAACUUUACAUUCCGUCCGACUCGUCUGCCUCCUGUGGGCCGAGACGGCUACCUCCUUUCUCGGCAGACAAGGUCGCCUCACCCUUACGACGGAGUCGCAGCCACCCCAGCCUUCCACGCCGGGGGAAUUAUCCUUCAGCCAAAAACUGAUCAAGGAGACCACCCUUUAUAUGGAUUGCAUCUGCCCUACCGCCACCGACAUUUGUCACUGUCCUUUUACCGGCCUGGAAUCAAAUACCAGUUUGGCCUCUAAAUUCGGAACACUUUGGUCCCCCACUCGUCACAAGAGGUUGACCACGCUGAAUUUCACGAUACGAAAGACGUUUAAUCCCUGCCUGCACGAAAUUUUGAAGACUUAUCAUUUCCCGAGCCUUAAAAGUGUGACGAUUAUCGCGGAUACGGUGAAUCUCGAUGAGGACGACGACCUGGCGCCAGUGGUACAAGAUAUGGGUCCUUUUCAACCACUCGAAGGUCUGAAAUUGCUCAAUUUCUGGAUCGAUCCUUCCCACGAUGUACGCUUUUUGGGAGCCUAUUUGUCCUCCCUGUGCCAAGGACUGGUUAACGUGGCCCCCAAUUUAGAGAAAUUGGACCUUGUCGCCAAUUUCUAUCCGGAUUUGACCCCUUGUGAAAAACUGGACGAGGUGGAGUUUGCGUUUGUGGAAUUUAAAGAUUUUUGCACGAAGGAUGUAAUUCGACUGGACGCCGCUGAGGUGAAGAGAAUGCUGGAAAGUUGCGAUUCUCUGCAACAAUUGACGUUGAAUUAUCAUCCGUGCGAUAAAAGUGUGGUGGUGCCGAUUAAGGUGGAUUUUGUCCUGCCGAAUCUCGUCCAUCUCACAAUCACAGCUGCCGACGUGUACAGAAUUGAGGACUCAUUGAACACCACAAAUCUCCCAGAACUUACCCAUUUAUCCGUCAGUUUUUACCGCUGUCGUGACCUUUCCGUGAUGGCAGCCUACCAGCAUGCGCACCACGACGGGAUCACCGUAUUCCACGUGGGGUGCACGACACAUGUCGAAAGUUCCGACGAAAAUGGACAUUCUGCCGUAAAAUUGGAUAAUAACUUCCCGGCCGUGGAUGAGUUCAAGUUAAAAUUGCGGAUGCGCUUGGGGGACAAUGUCGAGCACGAUUUUCGGACUUUAAAGGAAGCGAUGGAAUCGUUGGGUGGCUGGAGGUUGAAAAGUGGUCAGGUGGACGUUCAGUUUGUGGGGUAUCAGACCAACGGGAUCGAUUUGUAUGAAGUGUUCGCUUCCAAAGUGAUGAUCGCCAUGUUGGAUGGACUGAAAGGGUGGAAAGGUUUGUCAAACACGUCCCUUAGAUUUUUUAGUUACCGUUCCGGUGCAGAAUUUAAACUGACGGAUGGAAUGCGAGAUGCUUUGUUGGCAUGCAGAACGAUUGGAAACGUGGCUAUCGAGGGAUUUCAGAUGAGGGUGGAAACUGACAAGGAUUUUGAUUCAUUUAUUGGAGAAAAUAAUUUGAAAAUUAAAAGCAAUAAUCGUACCUGGGUUGAGUGAUGUAACGACCCAUUUGACGUUUCAGGACGAAGACAUUUCCAAGUUAUUAUGACUAUAAACUUUAUUUUUUUUAAUUUACUUUGCAUUAACUCAUAUUUUAAGUACACUUUAUAGGUUAAGUACACUGUGAUUUUUGUUACCAUGUAAUUAUGUAAUUAAACUUUUGAAAUGUAUCCAGUUUUGGUAAAAUUUUACCAAAAAAAAAUAUAAAAUUAAAUGACACGUUGAAACUAAUUUCUAUGCAAAUCUAA